UAUUUUAGCCGUAACUUCUGUAAUUGUGUAUCUAAGACUGAAAACUACCUGUAUUCAUAUUCUUAUGUGAACUUGAUAUAAGAUAGCUAUACGUGUGUGUUGAGACAUGCGUAGGUACAUCAAAUUGUUAUCUGUGUGAGUUGCAACUUUGUAGAAAGCCUUUUUAAGUACAGUCUCAGUUAAGACUGAUGGAGAACAGUCAGCGGCACUAACUACUUCCUGAGUUUAGGGAAGGGGCUUGGUCCCGUGCCUGCGCCCCGCGAACGCGCAUCAAAUUAGCAUCGAUGAAGUUUGUGCGAACAUGGCGGAUUUCCUGCCGACCAGGUCCGUGUUAAAAGUUUGUCUACCCGUCUGCCUGCUCAACAGCGGCGAAGUAGAACAGCUCCGAAAGUCCAAGGAGAUCGACAGAUGUAUCUCUCGGGAGAAACCGUACGUGAAACGGCUGGUAAAGAUCCUGCUGCUAGGCGCUGGCGAGAGCGGCAAAUCGACUUUCCUCAAACAAAUGCGGAUCAUCCACGGGCAGGACUUCGACCAGCGAGCCCGAGAGGACUUCAGAGGCACGAUUUACAGCAACGUUAUCAAAGGUAUACGUGUGUUGGUGGAUGCUCGGGAGAAGCUGCACAUCCCAUGGGGUGAACCGGACAACCAGCAGCAUGGGGACAGCCUGAUGGCUUUUGACACCCGGUCGGCUAAGAUGGCUGGUGGGCAGCUGGAAACGUCUAACUUUAUGCAGUACCUGCCCGCCAUAAGAGCUCUGUGGCAGGACUCGGGUAUACAGAACGCUUACGAUCGUCGCAGGGAGUUUCAGCUGGGUGAGUCGGUGAAGUAUUUCUUGGAUAAUCUGGAUAAGCUUGGCCAGCCGAACUAUCUCCCUAGUCAGCAGGACAUCCUGCUGGCCCGCAAGCCCACCAAAGGCAUCCACGAGUAUGACUUUGAGAUCAAGAAUGUUCCCUUCAAGAUGGUGGACGUGGGAGGUCAGCGGUCAGAGCGACGACGCUGGUUCGAGUGUUUCGACUCGGUCACCUCCAUCCUCUUCCUCGUCUCCUCUUCUGAAUAUGACCAGGUGCUGAUGGAGGACAGGCAAACUAAUAGGCUGCGUGAAUCACUCAACAUCUUCGAGACCAUUGUCAACAACCGCGUGUUUGUCAACGUUUCCAUAAUCCUCUUCCUCAACAAGACAGACCUGCUGGAGGAGAAGGUGAAGAGCGUUCCGCUCAAGGACUACUUUUCUGACUACACCGGGCCGGAGCACAGCCUGCCGGACAUCCAGGCGUUCAUGGUGGAGUGCUUCAGGGCCAAGAGACGCGACGCCACUCAGAAGCCCCUGUACCACCACUUCACCACGGCCAUCAACACGGAGAACAUCAGGCUGGUGUUCCGGGACGUCAAGGACACCAUCCUCCACGACAACCUCAAACAGCUCAUGCUCCAAUGACCUCUGUCAACCUGUGAAAGUAGAGGACCUGAACAGGGCCAGACCACCCCCUCGCUCCUGAAGAUGAUUUGGGAGACGCCAGCCUCAGAAGAAUCCGAUAGAUGUGUUCUUCAGCCAUUUUUAUGUUCGUUUUUACUCUCCUCUGAAGAGUUGGCCUUCUUGUUAGUCCAGGGCUUGAUAUGGGCACGAGUCAGUAGGGCAGACCCUCUGUGGUAAACAAGGAAGACAAACGGGCGGUUUGGAUGUUUGAUAACAUCUCAUCUCUGCUGCUUCGUCUUAAGACUCUCCUGGGGCCUGAGCUCUGCCUUACAGUAGAAGACUCACUGGAGCUUUUGACCUCACAAGGUGCCUGUGCUGGUCCCAGUGCCUGACAUACUGUGGAAACCACCAGAACUUUACAAACUGGCAAAUGGUUUCUAGACCAGAUAUACGGUUUGCCAAGCAACAAACAUAGGUAAUAACUAUGCUGCAAUACAGUAAGUACUUAGUUCAAACAACAUGUAAGCAAAGCAUCAGAUGAUAAAAAUUUACACAGGAUUAUCUGUACCAGAUUUAAUUUUCCAGCCUGUGUCUAAGCACUGAUCUCAUCCAGUCCAAAUUCACUCCAUUAUUUCUGUUGCACUCCCCAGUGCUGCUCAGUGAACCUUGUUGUUAAGGCCCUGCAGUCUAUUGACAGGUUGCUUCUGAUCUGGAUCUGCACAGUAUCAUUUUUUCCCCACAUACUGCAGCACUGUUCUCAGCCAUCGCGUUUUUUCUUUGUCAGGUUGAAUGUUCGGCACGGAGCCAUCAUUGAUGGGACAAGGACUGAUUGAAAGUAAAAGUGUUCAAAACAGUUGAAAAUCAAAUUUGGAAACUGGCUCCAGCACUGGCACCUUGUCUGAUAAAAGCUAGAAAAAUGCGUGACUGAAUCUACAGUGUCUUUCUACGUAAUGUCUCAUAGAGACCAAUCACUGUUUAAAUCCUGCAUUUGUGCCUGUCUCUUUAGAAAUAAAGUCAGUCUUUGCUUCCUUAAACAGAUAAUUUAGAUGCAAGUUUUCUUGCAAGUUGUCCUUUUAUUUUUAGUUGGUUAGAAGGUAACAAAAAAAAAAAAAAAAAAAUGGCACAUUAGGCAGAUGUGCCAGUAAGUGAACAUGCAGUCCACUGUUUUCUCAGGGUUGAAUCCAAACCGGCAUAAAUGCUGAUCUUAUUGUUGGUGAACUAAUUUAAUAAUCUGAUCUUAAUCUGGGCGGUAGAGUGGUGAGACUCAACCAGGCUUCGGUAUAGUUAGCUAGGUGGCGUAUGGUGCUGUAUCCUCCUGGCUUUGACCGCUGGCCCAUAAUCCCCCUGUAUCUCUCUCUGUUUUCAUCUCUGAUUAGAUACUAAAGGGACAGACCUGCCCUGUUUGACUGAUGAAUGUCUGUUAGUAGAUGUACAGAGGUUUGGCCUAGAUUGUCUUAAUACACCGUAACCAACAUUGUUGUGGUAAGAUACAACCCAUCAUGUGAGAAUUUCUGUUGACACUGAGAAACUCCUGAAA